AUGUCCCGCUUCGCAGUCGUUGUGUUGUGCGCCAUGGCUUUCCUGAUCCAGGCUGUGCUUAGCCAGCAGCACGGCGAUUGCAACCAAAUUUCUUACGGCAAGUCCGGAGUGGUUCUCAGCGGGAUCAGCUCAAGCAAGAGCGGGUCCAGCUACGGCUCCUCCGUGUCGUACGGCGGUACCGGCACCGGGCAGGUCGGCGUGUCCGGCGACAUCGGCGCGUGCGGCACCACCUGCGUCGUCGGCUCCGUGCCCGUGCUCGGCUCCAUCAAGUUCGGCGGCAAGGUACCCGCGUCCGGCGCCGUGUCCAUCAAGGGACAGUGCGAGUGCGGUUGCAAAGCUUAA